UAGACUAUUUAUCUCAGAGGACAAUUACAAGCAGUUGUGUACCCGUGUCCAUCCUCCCUCUCCUUCGGACUGUUCUUCGGAGGCUUGGUGAGUUUCAAAAGACUAAACUGCUCAAAGAAAGAAAUGUAAAACAAAACUCUGAAGAAGUAGGUAUUGUCAUCACAGUCAUCUACGACGACUUCAGCUGGAGUGCGAAAUGUCCCACGUCAGCAGUCGAUGCGAGGCAGAGGAGAGAAUCGUGACCGUGCAAUCAAUACGCGCACAAGAUAGCUCUAAAUACACUCCCACCCCUCCUUCUCUCUCUCUCUGUCUCUCUGUCUCGGUCUCCCAGGCUUCCUAUGGAAGUAGGCUUCUAUUAGUGCCACAGCUUCAUGUUUCUUUGAUUGGGCUGGCAUCCUGCAGGGCUGGUCACGAUCUCAGCGCGUCACGGGGCGGUGCAGCCAGACUCAGCCAUGCGUGGCGGUACAGAGGUUAAAGCAGACGAGAAACCAGUCGAGCGGAGAACAACAAGCUGACGGACGCUUCUGAUGUCAAAACAGCGCAUCACCUGUGCUCCUCGUCAUCAUAUGACGUCAAGUGCUCCUCGUCAUCCUGUGACGUAAAGUUCUCCUCGUCAUCCUAUGACGUAAAGUUCUUCUUGUCCACGUCAUUCUUGUCAACUCACGUCAAGUGAUUUUUGUCAAUUUACGUCACCGGCUUCUUGUCAAACUUCGUGCCUCUCUUUGCCCUGAUUGGUCCAGCUUGUCACGAGGACCCAUGAUGCCAGAGCGCGUGAAAGCAUAGCGUUUCUUUUAACUCGUAGUCAGCAGCGAACUGUUGCGACCAAUGGAAGCUGUCACUUCCUUUCUAUUCUUCAUUCCCGGAGGAUGGGAGCUGGUGAAAGGUCACAGGUUGUCACGUGGUUUUACAGGCUGUCUUCACUCCAAAAGGCUCGGUGGCUUGUCGGGAAGAGCUGCUGGCUGGCAGGAUACAAGAAAUGAGGAAUUUGUCCUUUAACGGCAAAAGGCGGUUCACUUUUGUUCACGUUCCGAGUAGCGUCCGCUCGAUGAAGCCCUUCUAUAAACAAGCCCACAACGAGGCUCGUGAUUUAUUCCACCCGAGGCCGUAUCCUGUCCCGCCGAUGUGAUCAGCUGCAGUGUGUUCCACGCUUGAAGACGACGAUGUAAUCCCGUGAAUGGCUGGGUAACUAUCCUGGUGAAAAAAAUAUUCCGGAUAAAUGCUUCAAGCAGGCAGACGGAGCUCAGUCGGUGGGCUUUGCGCAGUUCGUCAGCAGCGGAAAAGAUGUUUUUAUGCGCGGAUAAACACUUGUUGGAGAAUGCUUUGAUAAUGUGAGAUUUCUCAUGACCAAACUUUCUGGGCGACUUUGGAUUAUUUUACCGGUGAUUUUGCUUUGGUCGCCAGUUCCACAGCAGCUGAUACUGUGACUGGAAAUUCUUCCAGUCCGCACAGACGAUGGGUACUCGGUAUUAGAGGAAUCGAGGUGAGGGGAAUAGAAAUAUAACCACAGGAAACAGUUUCAAAGGAUGUGACCUAGACACAGUGAACUACUCACAGCUUAUUGUCCUUCUGACCUCUAAGCUAUAUGACCUUUCACCUUUACCUUUUCCCCCCCUCCCUCCUCCGCUUUACUUUCCUUGGAACUAUUCGCUGUGCUGGCAGCUAAAAGAAUUCUUCAGACGCCUCCGUAAACACGAAGAACCGCGAAGGGAGAUAUAUCACUGUGCAAACAUGAUGCCCGUGCCUCACAGACCUGUGUCCCCCUACACAAGACAGACACCCGGUGGAUGAACGGUUACUGGUGGUUUGUCACUGCUACCGUCUUUCACGCCUUCAUUUCAAGAUGGAGGACUGGGAGUGGGACUGGGACAGGGACUGGGACUCGUACAACAGUAGCAUUCGCUACCGCUCCGGUAGUGACUUGUACCAAGGGAGCCAAUACGGAGAUUACAAAGCUACUCAUCGUCCUUGGGAUGAGGAUAACCUGCGAAUAGGAAGCAAAGGGAGGCAACUCAGCAGGGGUUCCAGCGCGUCAACGUUCGAUGAAGUGGAAUCCCUGUGUUUGUCCAAGUCGUCCAGUGAUUCUUUUAACCUGUACCGCCGGCAUGGGGUGGGAGUGGCAGCGGGCCGAGGCGGGAAACUUUUGUCUCGACAGAGCUCGACAACAAGCACAUCGACAUCCAGCGGCCACCCAGGAGAGGCUCUAGACAAACGCUCCCAAUCUACCAGCACCUCUGGCUCCGUGCAUGAGGAAGGAGGCAUGGAGACCCUCGACCCUCGCCAGCAGUUUAACCUCGGAGACCCAGCCUUCCUUGAUCGCAUCUUCCGGCGAGUCCUGGACUGGAACAACAUGUAUGGAGCUGCUGGAGGAGACAUGCACGGUAAAGGAGGGGGAAUAGGAACAGGAGGCGGGAGGAACUUUGGUGUAUUGCCACCUUCUAUGCAAGCUGCGUCACGUGCAACGUCAGGUUCUCCCAUGAUGCACGGGAGUCCAGCACUAGGACGCAGGGCUAAAGACAUGCAGGCCAAGAAACAGAUGUCGCCGACUUCGGACAUCACGCAUGUGAAAAGGCGUAGAGACCUCAUAAUACCCGACGAGGACGAAGAAUACCCGUUUGCUCCGAACAGCUUGCGAAGACCUGGCGAUCUCAAGGGAAGGUCAGGCGGGAAGGACAGCAGUGUCGGCUCCACGACUAGCGUCUCAUCGUCCAAACAGAUCAGUUCUGAUUCCUUUAGCAUGAUGUCGUCGGGUUCGUCCAUGAGCCAGGAUUUGAACUGGCGGGACCAGCUGGUACAUGGGUGGCGAGAGAUGACGGGUCAGAGGUACAACGAACAGCCCAGCUCGUACGGGAUGUUCACCCGCCAGGGCUCUCAGACUUGGAGAGACCACCCCCAUUACCACCAUCAGCAGCAACAACAUCCCCCGCCGUCCACGUUUCAUCCAAUAUCAGGCAUGAUGCCACCCGGAUUUAUGCCCCAUCCAUCGACGUUCAGCCGGGGUAUGAGCGUAGAGAGUUUAGGUAGCAUGGGAAUUCCUUCUCCUCCUGCAGAAACGUUCAGGUACGGAAACCCGCUGCAGCCUUUUCCCCCCAACCAAAUGCAGAACCAAGCUGAAAUGAUGCUCAUGAACCUGGGCUUCGGCUCUUCCGAUGGUUUCCUUCCGGAGCGGUUUCUGCGCGACUGGUACAACAAAGUGAUGCGCGCGCAGAUGCAGAGCCAGCAGCAGGCUGCUCCGGCGGGUGCUCCCUUGGACGCGCAAGACUCUCUGUACGGCAGCGCCUCUAACCUACACAACGUGGACGCAGUCAGGGGUCCGCAACUCCCGAACCGCAAGCCGAGCUUUGACGACGUGGGGUCGGCAUCUGACCUACACCACGUAGUCCAUCACCCCUCUGGCAGGCUCAUGACGUCAUCGGCAGCCUCGCACGCGUCCAGCGACUCCCACGACGUUGCGGCCAGCAACCUGCCUCCAGUUCUCGACAAGGACGAGCGCAUCGACCGAUUGAAAGAGUACAUCGAGGCCUAUGCCCAGAAUAUGAGCACGAGCAGCGAUUCCAGGACCGGUCGUAUCCGGCAAUUCGCCAACGCUCGGCAAAAAUCGCUUCCUCUGUACCUGGAAACGUUGAGCGAAGAGGACGAGGGGAAAGCAAGGAAGGCGGCCUUCGACCCGCUGGACAAAGAAUCCAGGUUGCAGGCAUUUCUCCGGGAGGACAGCUUUAGCACCAGCGGAAGAAGCGAGUCACACCCCUCCGAAUCAUCUGGUCCCACCAGCUGCGAGCAGAGUAUGUGUGGCUCGGAGAGUGACUCGAUGAGUGGUUCCGACCACCAAGCCUACAUCAACUACAGCAGAAAGCAUGGUGUCAGUGGUGUGUCGUCCGUGUCUACAUUCGGUAAUCCGACACCCGGGGUGUCCCACACCUUGACUUUGAAGGUACCGGGAUAUUCGUUGGCCGAACCCUCAGAAAACUGCGUGCAUUCAGAAACCGGAAAUGACAUAGUGAAAGGUGACGGAGAAGGACUUGUGAAGCCUCGAACACAUCACCAGCCGCUGGUGAACGAUGCGAGUUUUAAAGAAGUGUUUAAUGAGUCAAAGGACUGUGACCACCACAGUGCCGUAGAGCAACAUACAACUGAGAGUUCAGUCAGCCCGACUAGUCAUGGUACUCAGCAUCACCACCAUUAAUCGUCGCAGUCAUCAUCACCACCACCAUCAUCACCAUGAUCAAAGCAACACCUCCGAGCAUGAUAAGG